AAUAGUUAGUUUGCUCAGACAAGCAAAGAAGAGCGAAAAAAUCAUCGAAAUGGAUUUCAUCUCAUCUCUAAUCGUGGGCUUUGCUCAGGUGUUGUGUGAAUCUAUGAAUAUGGCGGACAGAAGAGGACAUAACACUGAUCUUAGACAAGCCAUCACUGAUCUCGAAACAGCCAUCGGUGACUUGAAGGCCAUACGUGAUGACCUGUCUUUACGGAUCCAACAAGACAAUCUAGAGGGACGAAGCUGCUCAAAUCGUGUCAGUGUGUGGCUUAGCGCGGUGCAAGCAACAGAGACUAAAGCAGCCUCAAUUUUAGUGAGGUGUAGGCGUCGGGAACAGAGGACCAGAAUGCGGAGGAGAUGCCUCGGUUGUUUCGGCUGUGCCGACUACAAACUGUGCAAUAAGGUUUGUGCGACAUUGAAGAGCAUUGAUGAGCUGAGAGAACGCUCUGAAGAUAUUAAAACAGAUGGCGGGUCAAUUCAACAAACAUGUACGGAGAUACCCAUCAAGUCCGUGGUCGGAAAUACCACGAUGAUGGAACGGGUUAUGGACUUUCUCAGUGAAGAAGAAGAAAGAGGAAUCAUCGGGGUUUAUGGACCUGGUGGGGUUGGGAAGACAACGUUAAUGCAGAGUAUUAACAACGAGCUGAUCACAAAAGGACAUCAGUAUGAUGUACUGAUUUGGGUUCAAAUGUCCCGAGAAUUCGGCGAGUGUACAAUUCAGCAAGCUGUUGGAGCGCGGUUGGGUUUAUCUUGGGACGAGAAGGAGACCGGCGAAAAUAGAGCUUUGAAGAUAUACAGAGCUUUGAGACAGAAACAAGAACAUUCUAUAGAGAUAGAACAGCUUGUUGAGUAUUGGGUCGGCGAAGGGUUUCUAACCAGUUCCCAUGGCGUUAACACCAUUUACAAGGGACAUUUUCUGAUUGGAGAUCUGAAAGCGGCAUGUUUGUUGGAAACCGGAGAUGAGAAAACACAGGUGAAGAUGCAUAAUGUGGUCAGAAGCUUUGCUCUGUGGAUGGCAUCUGAACAGGGGACUUAUAAGGAGCUGAUCCUAGUUGAGCCUAACAUGGGACAUACUGAAGCUCCUAAAGCAGAAAACUGGCGACAAGCGUUGGUGAUUUCACUGAUAGAUAACAGAAUCCAGACCUUGCCUGAAAACCCCAUAUGCCCGAAACUGACAACACUGAUGCUCCAACAGAACAGCUCUUUGAAGAAGAUUCCAACAGGAUUUUUCAUGCAUAUGCCUAUUCUCAGGGUCUUGGACUUGUCUUUCACAAGUAUCACUGAGAUUCCGUUGUCUAUUAAGAAUUUGGUGGAGUUGUAUCACCUGUCUAUGUCAGGAACAAAGAUAAGUGUAUUGCCCCAGGAGCUUGGGAAUCUUAGAAAGCUGAAGCAUCUGGACCUACAAAGAACUCAGUUUCUUCAGACGAUCCCACGAGAUGCCAUAUGUUGGGUGAGCAAGCUCGAGGUUCUGAACUUAUACUACAGUUACGCGGGUUGGGAACUGCAGAGCUUUGGAGAAGAUGAUGUAGAAGAACUCGGAUUUGAUGACUUGGAAUACUUGGAAAACCUAACCACACUUGGUAUCACUGUUCUCUCAUCGGAGACCUUACAAACUCUCUACGAGUUCGGGGCCUUGCAUAAACAUAUACAGCAUCUCCACGUUGAAGAGUGCAAUGGUCUCCUCUACUUCAAUCUCCCAUCACUCACCAACCAUGGCAGGAACCUGAGAAGGCUUAGCAUUAAAAGUUGCCAUGACUUGGAGUAUCUGGUCACAUCCAUAGAUGUUGAAAAUGAUUGGCUUCCAAGUCUAGAGGUUCUGACAUUACACAGCCUUCACAAAUUAAGCAGAGUGUGGGGAAAUCCUGUAAGCCAAGAGUGUCUGCGGAAUAUCCGUUGCAUAAAUAUUUCACACUGCAACAAGCUGAAGAAUGUGUCAUGGGUUCCGAAACUCCCAAAGCUAGAGGUGAUUGACUUGUUCGACUGCAGAGAGCUAGAGGAAUUGAUAAGUGAACACGAGAGUCCAUCCGUUGAAGAUCCAACAUUGUUCCCAAGCCUGAAGACCUUGACAACUAGGGAUCUCCCAGAACUAAAGAGCAUCCUCCCAUCUCGAUUUUCUUUCCAAAAGAUCGAAACUUUAGUUAUCACAAACUGCCCCAAAGUUAAGAAACUGCCAUUUCAGGAGACGAACAUGCCAACAGUUUAUUGUGAGGAGAAAUGGUGGAAUGCACUGGAAAAAGAUGAACCAAACAAAGAGCUUUGUUAUUUACCGCGGUUUGUUCCAAAUUGAUAUGAGAGCUUAAGAGCACUCUGUACAAAUAUGUCCAUUCAUAAGUAGCAGGAAGGUUGUUCCAGUCAAGUCAUCAAUGCAUAUAGUUAGCUACGACUAGACCACAAAACUAGAGAUUAUCUGAGCUUUCUAUCUCUGUGAAUUCGUUAUUAUUCUAUAAAGGCAAGAGAAUUCA